AUGAAAAAAAAAGAAAAUGAAAAAAACUUUCCAAAUGAAAUAAAAUUAAAACAAGAAAGUCAAGUUGAAAAAUAUCGUACAUAUCGUAUUGGUGAAUUACCUGAUAUACAAAUACGUUAUAGUGAUAUUAUAAUACCUUUACAAGCACUUGCUCAAUAUGUUAAUGAUACAGCACGUUUAUUAUAUACAAGUUUAUUUACAUUAAUAUUAAAUUCAUUAGAAGAUAAAUUAUUACCUGAUGAAUAUUUUAAUUUAAUUCAUACAAUUCAACAUCGUUUUGAUGUUAUGUUAUCACAAUCAGAAAUUUUCUAUCCAUCAUUUGUUGCUGCUUUACUUGAUAUUGUUUUAUCAAAACCUGAACAAAUACAAAUAUCAUCACAAUAUAUAAGUGCAUCAACAAUUGCAAGUCAUUUAGAAUCAGUUGGUAUAUUAACAAUUGAAUGUUAUUAUACAAAAAAUUUAAAUAAUCAAUUAUAUAAAAAAAUUGAUCAAUGGCUUGAAUUAGCUAAAUAUUAUCGUUCAUUAGCUAAUUAUGAUGAUGUACAUGGUAUUUUUUCUCAAACACCAGGUUUAAAAUCGAUAACAUAA